CGGAAGUUCGUGCACUUCCGGCCGCGCACCGGAAGGUGGCGGCUGGAGCCGAGCGGGGCCGGCCCGCGCUAAGGGCUGAGCUCAGAGCGGCUCGGCCAGGUCCCGCCAUGGGGCCGCGGAUGCUGCCGCUGCUGGAGCCGGGCUGCCGACCGCAGGCGGGCAAGUGGUACCGGCUGGCACCGCGCGGUGAAUGGCCCCGCGGGCGCGUGGGCCACGGCUGCAUCUUCGUGCCGGGCGGGCCGGGCCGUGUGCUCCUCCUGGGCGGCGCCGACCCCGCGGGCGCUUUCGCGGACGCCCACUUCGUGGAGCUGGGCGCGCAUCUCUGGGCCCCGGCUGCCUGGACCGGACUGCGGCCGCGCUACGAGCACGCCACGUUCCUGUCCGCCUGCUGUCCCUCGCGCCUCUGGGUGUUCGGCGGCGCGCACCGGGCCGGGAACCGGAGCUGCGUCCAAGUGCUGGACCCCGAAAUAGGAACCUGGGAGAGUCCCGAGGUGAAGGGUGUUCCGCCGCUGCCCAGGACGUUCCACACCUCCUCGGCAGCUGUAGGGGACUGUCUGUAUGUCUUCGGAGGGGGAGACAAAGGAGCAGAGCCGGUUAAAGACCAGCAGCUUCACGUCUUUGACACAGUUGCUUUGACAUGGACUCAGCCUGAAACCCACGGCGAUCCCCCUUCUCCUCGGCAUGGACAUGUUGUUGUUGCAGCUGGGACCAAGCUUUUCAUACAUGGAGGUUUAGCUGGUGAUAUUUUUUACAAUGAUCUGUUCUGCAUUGAUACAACAGACAUGAAGUGGGUUAAGAUAGCAGCCACUGGUGAUGUGCCAGGAGGACGGGCCUCCCACUCGUCGGCUGUGUUUAAAGACCACUUAUACAUUUUUGGUGGAAUAGGUCCAGAUGGGACGCUAGAUACUACAUACAAGUAUCAUAUAGAGGAGCAGCAGUGGACACUCCUGCAGUUUGAUUCUCCUCUGCCUGCUGGGAGACUGGACCACGCCAUGUGUGUCAUUCCUUGGCGGGCUGGCAACAACGCUGACUCAGGAGCUGUUAGUAGGGAAGAUAAAGCUGAGCCAGCUGCAUCAGCUGGUGACAGAGCUGACCACCUCUGCAGAGGCCAGGAUGAGAAGACACGUACUGAAGACACAGUGAUGCAUCUGCUGUUAAUAUUUGGUGGGAUGGAUACACAAGCAGAGAUAUAUAGGGACUGCAUUGUAAGUUUGAUUGAAUAGUCCAGCUGCAGCCCUUCACAGUACCAUCCCUUUCCUUACAAGUUUUCUGUAGCAGUGUCUGAUUAAGUUCACUAUUUCCAAUAAACAAAUUCUUGCCCUCAUAAGGGUGGCAGUCCUGCUUUCGGUGUGCAGUCAUGCUUACAAGUAGGUACGUCAGCCCCUUUGGUAGGCUGCGGCUGCUGUGGUUUCAGCAGCUUCUUGGCUUGUGUGUUGCUGGAAGGUGAAAAGCUGGGGGUUGCAGAGGUUUUAGGCAGCUUUCUCCCUGAAGCUCACAUGCUCCUAGUUGACUAUAAAGCUACUUCCACUUGCAAAACUGAGGUUAUCUACAAAGAUUUGGGAGAUAGUAUAAGACAAAUGCCCUUAAUUAUUUUGAAUAUAAGUGAAUGAGAAACCCCUGACUCUCCUGCAUCAGAAAAGCCACCUUUCAAAGUAGGGAGAGCUGGACUUGCUACUUGUGUUACUUGCAUUUGGGAACCACUGUUCUCACGUGUAAAGAUUGACCUUGAGGUGGCCAUUUCCAGUUUUUGGUGCAGGCUGUUUUUUUUUUUUUCCUUCAGAAAAGUCAAUGGUAGAUGCACAUUGUCCCCUUUGCUUCUGUACCAGCUUUACCAGUUCAGGUUUAACAAGGUACCUUUCUCUCCUUUAGGUUACUGUUACAAGCGCUUGUAACCCUUGGGUGCUCAGGUUAACCCCUGGGCUUUUUGCUUUGUAACAAAUGUGUGGUGUAAUUAGCUGGAAGCACAAUGCUACACUGCAGAAACAAUUCAGUGCUUGUAAGUAGUUCUCAUUCCAAUAGUGGCACCACGUCCACGCUUCUGGAGCUGUUUGCUACAGCCUGUUUGAUGUUAAAAAAAACCAAACUACAAAAAAGGAGAGGACUGGAACUGACUUUUAGCACCAAGCGG